AUGUAUGAGACUAUAUCAGAAGGCAUUAUUCCUAAGAUAGGAAUGGAGUUCGAAACUGAAGUUGAAGCAUAUGAUGCCCAUAUGAAAUAUGCUAAGGCAACUGGUUUCGGAACACGAAAAAAGACUGCUCAUAAAGAUCCAAUUACAGGUAACAUCCUUGACGUUAGUUUUUGUUGCUGUAGAGAAGGUUUUAGAGCAACAAAUAACAGAGGUGUUACAGUAAAUAAUCCGCGUCCUGAAAUAAGGUGCGGGUGUAAGGCUAUGAUGAAAAUUAAUGGUAGAUAUGGGGGAAGGUUUCGAAUUGUGAAGUUUGUUGAAGAGCACAAUCAUGAAUUGUGUGAUCCUGAAAAAUCUUACAUGUUUAGAUGUUUUAGACAAAUGUCAGAUGUUCAACAAACUCAAGUUGAUGUGGCUCAAAGUUGUGGGUUGCCUCCAAAGAAAAUUAUCGAUGUAAUGGCAAAGGAAGUUGGCGGAAUUCAACAUCCUGGUUUCACUCAUAUUGAUUUGAAGAAUUAUUUGAGAACAAAGAGGACUUUGGAGAUCAAACAAGGUGAUAGUGGGGGUGUUUUACAAUAUUUACAAAGGAUGAUAAGUGAAGAUCCACACUUUUACUAUGCAAUACAGUUGGACGUGGAAGAUCUGAUUACAAAUAUAUUUUGGACAGAUGGUAGAAUGAUACAAGAUUUUGGUCAUUUUGGUGAUGUCGUUUGUUUCGAUACUACAUACAGAAAACAUCGAGAUGGUAGACCAAUUGCCUUGUUUGUCGGCGUAAAUCAUCAUAAACAAACAACUGUAUUUGGUGCAGUUUUAUUGUACGAUGAAACCAUUGAAACCUUUGAGUGGUUGUUUGGUGCAUUUGAAGAUGCCAUGAUGGGAAAGAGACCAAAAACCAUCUUAACAGACCAAGACCAAGAAAUGAGUGUUGCUUUAGCUUCCAAGUGGCCAUCAACUUACCAUCGCUUAUGUGUUUGGCAUAUUUUUCAGAAUGCAGCCAUUCAUCUUUCUAGUGUUUUUUCGAGCUUCAAGAACACAUUUGAAACUGAUUUUAGUCGUUGUGUGUACGACUUUGAAGAAGAAUCAGAAUUUCUUGAUGCAUGGAACGAAAUGUUAGAGAAAUACGACUUGAAAGAUAAUCAGUGGUUGGCAAGAAUGUUUUCUCUAAAGGAAAAAUGGGCAUUAAUCUAUGGAAGAAGCACAUUUUGUGCAGACAUCAUAACAACUCAACGAAGUGAGUGCAUGAAUGCUGUCGUGAAGCAUUAUGUAAAUUACAAAAACAACAUUGUUGAGGUGUUCCAUCAUUUUCAAAGUAUAUACACGAUGUUUGCAUUGUUCAAUGAGGAGUUGAGGAAGGCAUUUGAAAGCAAGAUCGAGAGUGAGAAUCAACUUGGAAGUUCAAGAAUUUAUAAGGUCAGACCAUGCCAUCAAGCUACUGAACAUACAGUCUCAUAUGAUUCUAUUGAAGUAUCUAUUUCUUGCAGUUGCAGGAAUCGAAUACCUGAUGAAUAUAUCUUAAAGCGGUGGACCAAGCAUGCUAAGAAUGGGAUGGCAGGAAGUUGCGAUGAAGGGGUUGUCAUUGUUGAUGAAAAACUGAGAAAGAAACGACGAUAUAAAGAGUUAUGUAACUCUUUCAUGCAAUUAACUGGAAAAGCAGCUAAGAGUGAAGAUAGUUAUACUUAUGUCAUAGAUUGUCUCUUGAAAAUGGGAAAUGGCAUUGAUGGAAUGGCGGGGAAGGCGAAUAAUGUGACAGCUGAGGCAAAUAAUGUGACAGUUGAGGCAAAUAAGGUUGGAGACAUUUCAACUGAUGGUGAUGUCAAUGAAAGUCAAAUUAAAGGCGUGAAACCCAAAGGAAGGGUUACAUACCAAAUGUAA